CAAAUAUAUAUACAGCGAUCUAAACUUUAAUUUAGAUUUUUUUUUUUUUCGAGGAAGCACUCACAAUUGACAGCAUUGAAGCUAAAAAUGGGUAGGCUAGUGUCGUGGUAAGGCACGUCGGAUGGUUCGAUUCUACUGGCCUUUUUGCUUGGUUGAGGGACGGUAGCUAGGGGCGGUACUGAAUCUAUAGGCUCUCUGAACAUUUGAAACACAGCAACCUUCCUUCCUUGACUUCCAACCGAACAGUGAUUACUUCCAAGCCUAGAGAGGUAGAUAAAGAGAAUUCGAACCAGGCCCUAUACUUCUAAAUAUCACGUGAUUUUGGCGCGACACUGGCAGCCAGGACGUCGGGAUGAGACGUUUUCAGUUUGUUGACAUUGUUAUGGUACAGUUUAGUUGCGCCACUGUUUUGUUGAACUAUGCCUAAAGCUGCAAACCAUCUUGAUAGAUGCCGUCUCUGCGACCAAAAUCUAAUAUUUGGUGCGUUACAACAUGUGCGUUCCCUUGUGUCAAAGUCGAAUUGUACCAUUCUGACUAGGUUAUCAUCCCUCGGCAUAAACCUGACACUGCACGAAGAUACAUCGACAAUGAUAUGUCAGAAGUGUUUUCGUAACAUUAGUAAGGUUGAAAUGCAUGGAAAGCUACAACGCAAACACCCGAGUUUGGAACUCCCGGCGAAGAAGUUAUGAAGUCCCAACAAGGCCCAAUAGAGACCGGAAGAGAUGAUACAAAGACCAGGUGUUUUAACUGAUUCAUUGAAUGAGGUAGCGGAGAAGAAGCGUCAACGGGAAGAAAGCCCACCAACUACAGGCAGGGGUGCCAAGAAGAGAUGCAAUGUCUCUACAAAAUCCCCAGAGAAGAACAUUAUGGUUGAGGUUGUCAUUACAUACAACCCAAAAUUGUGUCAUCCAAAACCAGGAGUCGGUUCCCCUGACAACAAGGGAAGGAUGUGGAAACAGAAGAGGAAGGUAAUUGCUUCAGAAUUUUCGGGCAUGAUUGAAAACUUGGCUAUGGGCAAUGUGGUGACCUUUGCAAAAUUAGCCUUGACAAAUGAGAACAUAUCCCAAGAAAUCAGAAAGGAAAUUGUAAACAAAAUCCAAGUGGAGGUCACGGCAUAUGCACGCCUCCCUAAUGUUUUUGAACCUUGCAUUUUGAGUAGUACCUCGUUGGAGAAUAUGAAGUAUUUUUCAUACGAAGCGUUGGAUAAUGAGUUGUCCAGGAAGACACCAUGGCUUUAUACCACCAUCAAUACUGCAACAGGUGGUUCCACCAUCCAUAACUGUGUGGCUGCCUCUGUGGCCCUGAGAGGUAGAAACCCCAGGCUUUCUGCACUGGCCUAUGUCAUCAACUCAACACUGACCCCAGGGGGGGUUAAGCCCAUUUUCAAAAGACUCUCGAAAAUGGGCAUUGUAACAUCAUACCAAUGUGCCAGCAGUAAGCAGAAGGAGAUGAGGGCAGCUGGGUACAACAUCAUCAAAUGCUGGAGGGAGGACUGCGAGCUAUUUUUCCAACAUAGUGUCAGCGGUGAAGUCUGCCCACGACCUCCUCCUACGGCUAAACUGACAGAGGAAACCGGAAGAGAGGAGGACGGGGGGAAAGAUAAAGUGGAGGUUGGGGGUCCAGUGGAUGAAGAGUGGGGUUUCCUGCUAGGAGAGACAGAAAGAGAGGAGGACAGAGGAUCAAUAGUACAGGAAGAGAGAGAAGAAGAGAAAGACAGGGGUUCCCUGCUAGGAGAGACAGAAACAGAGGAGGACAGAGGAUCAACAGUACAGGAAGAGAGAGGAGAGGAGAGGAGAAAGACGGGGGUUCCCUGCUAGGAGAGACAGAAACAGAGCAGGAAUACUUUGGAUUAAACCUCACCUGUGAGAGUGAUUAGAGAACUAGCCUAACAAAGAGUCUGUAGAUGACAGAUCUAGGCCUAGGAUACAUCUCUGAACAACAAGGGACUAAUCAUAGUUUGGGUACCAACUUACAAUACAGAUGGUGACACAUUGAACUGUACUUCUUAACAUGGUCACAAAUAUGAUACACCGAGUGUUAUAAGACUGUGUCACUGAAUGUCAAUGUCAAUUGCUAUUUUAUCAACAUUCUUGACUUGCUGACGUGUGUGCAGAUGUCGAUCUGAUCAGAUAUCAUCGAGGAAUACUUUAUCACAGACUACAUAAUAUGGUUCAUUCAUACAUGUGGUAAAUCAUUCUAGAAUAUUACAUUCACCCUGUAUUAAUACUGUAUCUAGACAGGCCUCAUCCUAUGUACUGCAUAUUGUCUUUUUACAUGAUACUUUUCAAUGAUAUCCACAGGGGAAAGCCAGAGACUAAAGGUGUCUACAGAAAAUACACAAACUGGGCCUUUUUAUUUAGACAUUUUCUAAGCUCAAUUAUGUCCAUGUCCAGUUUUAGAAGAGCCUCUGUGAGCUGGUGAGCCCAAACAAUAACUUCUCCAACCCUACGAUGCGGUUGUAUUCGGACAAGUUGGAAGGAGAUGUCGCAACAUUUGAACACCGAUGCUGAUAUGAAGAGUUGGAGAUGAGGAGCGGGGCUGCUGCGUCCCGC